AUGUGCCCGAUAGACACUUCCGUAAUUGUAAACGGUGGAAUAACAGUAUAUGAAAAGAAUACAGUUUUGACGAUGUAUCAACAUUUUCCGAGCAUAAAAAUCUUGCUGGUAUAUUCAAAGGUUAAUAAAAACAUCCGUAAAAAUAAAGAAAUAAUUUUGGCGUAUUGGCCGGGCCUGAAAUCUAUUGUGGAUAGCAUCAACAAUUUAUCUUGGAAGUCUAUUGAUGUAUUUGAACAGAUAAAGGAUAUAAAGGGUGUUAAUACCAGCGAAUUAGAUACCAUUCCAGAGAGUUACUACGAUGAAUUAGUGGAACUUAUCCAUAUGAAUCAAGGGUUAUUAAAAAUGUUAAAUGUACCGCAUGGAAAUGUAGAUAUUAUUUGUGCAAUUGCGCAGGAACAUUUUUUAUACGGAAAAAUGACGGAUAGUAGAGGAAAGCUCGCCGGUAAAGAUAGUGAAUUCAUGUUCCAUUUGUUGCUAUUGAAUGUGGAGAACGAGGACAUCUCUGGGAUUAUGGAAGAAUUCAAGAAGCAUAGUUUUUCCACUAUGGUAACUGAUUCAUGA